UUUUACAGAACACAGAAAGAAUUAGUAAUCCGUGGUACAUAAAAUUUGUGGAGGUUUAUUUGUUAGCAAGUGUUAUUAUAAAACUGCCGCAUUUGUCUUGUACAUGUGUGGUGUAUAAAAGUGACCAUGCACAUACAAAUGAGCUAAGUCUGACUGAACGACCGUACAGCUAAUUGACGAUAUUAUAUUCAAAAUAUUUAAGAAUGGAAGCGACGUCGGCAACCUGCCCAGUGUGUGGUGGCUCAGAAUACUACAAGGAAUGUGGUUUCUAUUUCUGUUCAGAAUGUCAGACGCAGUCACAGGAACUUCAUGAACAUGUUCACGAGUAUAGUGCUGGAGAUGCUGCAGGAACAAGACGUGUUAAGAAAAGUUCUAAUAGGGAAAAAGAAAACUCUGAUGCUACAGAUGAAUGGACAUCAUGGGAAUAUUAUAACUUUAUCCUGAAAGGUUUGGUAGAUGAAUUGAUAGGCCUAGGAGCUAAAAAGACAAUUAAGGUUGUUGUCCUGCAGCUGUGGGCUACCUACCUAAAGAAACUUGACGUAGCUUUUACAUCAAAGAAACACAUAAGACUGCCCAAGCUGGGAAUUAACUACCAUCCAAGAGAUGCAAAAUUGGUGUAUGGCUGUGAUAUUGAAGAGAGAAAGCGGUGUGCAAGAAAAACACGCAAGAGACGGAUUUCAAAUAGAGAUCCGACUACUUUAUCAGAAGCCUCCAGCUGCACAGACCCUCAUAUAGCUAAGCUUAAUCUUCGAAAAACUAAAAAAGCACUUUUUGAAGAGGACUAUGGAAAACAUGCCGAAUCAUCAGGUGAUGCCAUGAGUGAGUUUGAUGAAAGCAUGAGGAGCCUUGAUACUUCGUCUAGAGGACAGUUGACAUCUGAUAAUGGGUCGGUCCCCAGAUUUCCAAGGCUUUCAUUUUCGUGUGCAGCACGUAAGCUACGUUCCCAGAUGUACAAAAAAAAUGGUUCUGCUCGAAGCAAUAAGAGCAUAAGUAGCUGUAAAAUUCUGAAGUCAACCAAUCCAAAUAUCCUGUCACGUAUAAAAUUAUUGGCCAUUGUGUAUAUAGCGCUGCGUAUCUUGCAGGAAGAUAUACAGCUGAGUGAUAUAUUGAGGUGGGUGGAAGAAGGUGAGCUGUCAUUCUAUGAAAUAACACAUUUCUUCCCAGAUGAUGUGAGACUCAGAGGUCAUGAUCUUAUAACAUUUGGUCUAUCUACCAAAAGACCUUCUUAUUCUGGUCUAAGCAGCACAGCAAAAGAAUUGGCUUUCUACUUGCAUGUCACUCAUGUGCCAGUACCUGAUUUGUUAUCUCUAGCAAAGAGAUAUAUUGAGGAAUUACAGCUACCAGUUGAGAUUGGGAAAUAUGUCGAGUGCAUAAUGGCACUGUCACCUCCAUCAAUGAAACUCAAGAAGUCUCUGAAACAUUUUCCUAACUACGAGGGUCGAGCAAUGGCAUUCAUCAUAUUUGUCCUUAAACUUCUUCUUGGACUUGAUGGAAAGACUGAACAUGAGAUAUCUAGAGUCACCAAGAAGCUUAAUGAGUUGUGUGAAGGAUCUGCAGGAGCAACAGCAAGACUGUUUGUAUGGGAGGAAUGGGUGCAGUACAUAGAGUAUCGAAAGUCAGUUUUUGGACAAUUUCACUUUCCUACUCAGGCGUCGCAUUACCAAGAGGCAUUCAACAAUCCUAACGGUUUUGUGAAGUUUUGGAAAAGAAUGAAGUCAAAGGAUACCAAGAGACACAAUAGGUUACUCUUCUCGAAAGUGUCCAAAAUGAAUCCUGAACUUGUGAGUGCCAUGAAACAUGUUUUUAUGAAGUUGGUGGAAGAAGAAACAGAUGACAGCACAGUGGAAUUUGUUCCAUCACUUACACCACAAAAAGCAAACCUGGAAGCUAUUAUUGCAGCUCUGCCAUCAGCUUUCAAGACUUCAGCUCAUAUCUUGAAGCAAGAUUUCACUAGUACAACACUGCAGCACUUAAUAAAACCUGAACAAUACAUAGCAAUGGCGCAUAAGAAAGGAACAAAAAUCGUUAUUCAGAAGAGAAGUGCCCACAAUCAAGUAAAAGUUGUGACUAAAAUGAAGAAAAAAUCCCAGAAUGGUGGAAGUGGAAGAUACAUGAUUGUGGAUACUGCGGAGAGAGUUCAGCAUAGUAGGCAUUGUAAAAAGAACAACAAAGCAAAGUCUAAGAAACAAAGCAUAGCAGCCCAUGAAUCUCUUACAGACCAACUUCUUCGUCCCCCCAGAACAUUUUGUCGGUUACCUCGCAUUGCAGAAAGUUUGUUAGUAAAACAUCUGAAACAUAAUGGUGUUUGUGUUGAAACAGGCAACCACUUUAGCUCCAAGAAUUACAGGACAGAUGACAGUGAUACAGACAAUAGCACCACAUCUAGUAGCGAUGAUGAAAAUCCAAGUUGUGCCAGAAUCACUGAAAAUGAUAGUUUCACCCGAGGGUCAGAAAUAUUUGGUAAUUUACCUGUUGUUGCAGAAGAUAUGUUGGUGAGGCGAUUGGAAAAGAAAGGCAUUACUAGUAAACUAGAUGACCAACUGUUUCAUCAUUCCAGACAAGUAAAUCUUCCUUUAGCAGCAAAGAAGGUUUUGUUAAAGCAUUUAAAAAAUCAUAAGACUGAAGAAAGUUACCUAGUUAAAAACAAAAAAUAUGUAUUGUACAUGCCAUAUGUAGAAUAUUGGUUAAAUGAAGUUAAUACAAAAAAACAGACUUUGGAAGAAUUUGAAAGGGAAGUUAUAGUUGAAUUCCCAUCUUCAUUUCGGUGGUUGAUAACAGAAUGUGCAAGGAUGCUUCAAAUGUCAGUCCAAGAAUUGUAUUAUGAACUUACGAAUGUUGAAGCGAUGCACUGUUAUUUGCUUAGGCCACAGGUUGAAUCACUGAGUGAAGACUUCAAGAAAAAUGUAGAACUGUAUUGGUAACACGCAGCUCUUGUUGUUUAUGGCAGUGUACUGUGAGAAGAGUUGAAGAGCUCAUGGCUGUGAGCCCGAAGAGUACUGUUUUCUGGGUUAUGUUGUGGACAUGUUCUGUGAUGACACAGAAACAGGGAAGUAGCAUUAUACAUUUAAAAUUAUUUCCAUAGAAUGAAUGACUGAAUAAAAUGUGAAGGUAUUUGAUGUAUUUUUGUAUCCACAUUUUUUGGGAACCACUCUCUAUAAGAAUAUUGAAAUCUAUAUUUUUAUGUGAACAUUUGUUAGUGUCUCAUAAGGUACAAAGGUGCAGAAUUUUCUGCUUUGUAUUUAUGUAUAUUUUUACUGAUACAUAUAAUGUUAUUUCUGUCACUCAA